UUUUUUUUCGGACGGUCCCUUGGCGCGCGCAGCCGUCAGUCAGUUCGGUACAGCACGGUGCGGUGCUCCUACAUCUCUGUAUGAAUGACAGCGCAGUUAACCAACACAGAGGAAACUCUUCACUGAUUCUCAUGAGCCGUACGAGCAACUGAGCUGGAUUUACAACCCCCCCACCUCCCGCCCCCCCCUCCAGCUCACGGACUGACCUGCAGCUUGCCUGACUGAGACAUGUCAUUUGGGAUAUUACAGCCUCCAUCUUCGCUGUAAGACAAACACCAUGAAGAGAUGACCGAGGACUUGUAGAGCUCACAGCAGAAGAGGAGCUGACGGUAAAUGAGAGGCUGUCACCAUGCCCCCGGGGAAGUAUGGGAUGCAGGAGGAGUGGGAGAAGGAGGGGGACCAGGAGAUCAUGAUGGACUUCCUGUUGCCUACGGGGAUCUUCCUCAAAUUCCCUGUAUCACGAAACAACACAAUUUCAAUCAUCAAAAAAAUGGUUUGGAAAAAUGCCAGAAGUGAGGCCUUGUUCGGGGCCCUGGGGGACCCUGAUGCAUACGUCUUUACCUGCAUCAACCAGACGGCAGAGAGGGAGGAACUGGAGGAGGAAUCGAGGCGUAUAAGUGACGUGCGGCCCUUCAUGUGUGUUCUAAGGCUGGUGGCAAGGGAAGGCGAUAGAGUGGAGAAACUCACCAACACACAAAUCAGCUUGUUAAUUGGCAAAGGUCUGCACGAGUUUGAGGCCCAGAAGAACCAAGAAGUGGACGAGUUUCGGACUAAGAUGCGUACGUUUUGUGAAGAGAAGGCUCAGGAGCGGCAGUUGUUGCCAUGGCAGCAGUGGAUGGAGUACAGCUUCCCGUGUGACCUGGAGCCAUGCUGCUCUCCACCGACAAGCGCCAAGUCAAAAAGUUCCAAGAAGAUUUUCAUCAAUGUCAAAUUUGAGGCUUGUGAUGAAAGCUUCAUGCUGCAGCAGGACCCUCAGGACCCCCCUGCAGCACUGAUGAAGAGCGCCUUGAAGAAGAAGGCCACAGUGUUUCGUUCAUUGCGACAGGAGCCCGAGGACUACACCCUACAGGUCAACGGGAGGUGGGAUUUCAUCUAUGGGAAACACCCUCUGUCCCAGUUUAAAUACAUUUUCUGGUGUUUGAGAAAUGGCCAAAACCCUCAUCUAACCAUGGUGCACUACUCCACUAUCAGCAAAUAUCAGGACGAGCAGGGCAGAAUGUGCAACCAGGUGUUUAAGAGUCGCUCCUCGUCCAGACCUCCUCCACUGCCCCUGAAGAAGCAGAAAACGUCUUCGCUGUGGUCCAUCAAUGAGCCAUUCUGCAUUCACCUGCUUCAGGGCAGCCGAGUCAACGCAGAUGAAGGAAUGAAGCUCGUAGUGCAGGCCGGCUUGUUCCAUGGCAGCGAACUGCUCUGUAAGGUGGUGACAAGCUCAGAGGUGGCAGUGUCAUCUGAGCCUCUGUGGGACCAAAAGUUGGAGUUCGACAUUAACGUGGCCGACCUGCCUCGCAUGAGCCGUCUGUGCUUUGCGCUCUACGCUGUCAUUGAGAAAGCCAAGAAACCCCGCGGCACCAAGAAGAAGAAUAAGAAAGCUGACUGUCCGAUAGCCUGGGUGAAUACUAUGGUGUUCGACUACAAGGACCAGCUAAAGACUGGGGAGGUCCUCCUGUCCACAUGGCCAUCUGUUCCUGAUGACAAAGGUGACUUGUUGAAUCCGAUGGGAACUGUGGAGAAGAACCCAAAUGUGGACAGCGCUGCAGUGCUGCUCAUCCGCUUCCACAACAUCCGCCCACAUCCUCUCUAUUACCCUCCACUUGACAAGAUAAGUGACAAUGAGAAUAAUGAGGAUGGAAAUUUUAUCGCCAAAGAAGAGUACAUGAAAUUAAAAGAAAUCAUGGAUAACAAAAACUACACCGAGUUUUUCGAGGACGAGAAGGAGAUCUUGUGGAAGCUUCGUGCAGAAGUCCGUGAUUGUUUCCCCGACAGUCUCUCCAAGCUACUCCUUAUAACCAAGUGGAAUAAGCAUGAGGACGUAGUCCAGAUGGUGAGUCUACUGAGGAACUGGCCCGACCUCCCUGCCAUCCAUGCCUUGGAGCUCUUAGACUACAGUUUUCCUGACCCAGUGGUCCGUUCUUUUACCAUCAGAUGCCUCAGGAAGCUUAGUGAUAAUGAACUGCUGCAGUACUUAAUCCAGCUGGUCCAGGUCCUGAAGUAUGAGUCCUAUCUCUACUGUGACCUCACCACUUUCCUACUGGAGAGGGCUCUCUCCAACAGGAAGAUAGGACACUUUCUGUUUUGGCAUCUCAGGUCUGAGAUUCAUGUGGCGUCUGUGAGUUUACGUUUUGGCCUGAUUUUGGAGGCCUACUGCCGGGGGAACAUCCACCACAUCAAGCUCUUAACCAAACAGAACGAGGCUCUGGGCAAAAUGAAAGCACUGAGUGACUUUGUAAAGUCGGGUUCCCAGAAGAUGACAGUGGAUGACCUGAAGCUGUGCAUCAGACAGGAAUCCUACCUGGAGGCCCUGUCAGACCUGCUGUCACCGCUCAACCCCAGCAUCAUUCUCGCUGAGAUCUGUGCAGAUAAGUGCCGGUUUAUGGACUCCAAGAUGAAGCCGCUGUGGUUGAUGUAUAAGAACCCCUGCAUUCAAGGAGACAUGGUGGGCAUCAUCUUCAAGAACGGAGAUGAUCUUCGGCAAGACAUGCUGACCCUCCAGAUGAUCCAGCUAAUGGAGAACUUAUGGAAGAAAGAAGGCCUGGAUCUCAGGAUGAUCCCAUACGGCUGCUUGUCCACUGGGAACAAGAUGGGGCUCAUCGAGGCAGUAAAGCACUCAGACACCAUCGCAAAUAUCCAGAGAAACAGCAGCAACAGUGCCGCCACCGCUGCCUUCAACAAGGACGCUCUGCUUAACUGGCUCAAAUCAAAGAAUCCUGAUGACAAACUUGAUAAAGCAAUAGAAGAGUUCACACUGUCCUGUGCUGGCUACUGUGUAGCUACUUAUGUCCUGGGCAUUGGAGAUCGUCACAACGACAAUAUCAUGAUCAGGGAAACUGGACAGCUGUUCCACAUUGACUUUGGGCAUUUCCUGGGUAACUUCAAGCGGAAAAUGGGGAUCAACAGGGAGCGUGUGCCUUUCAUCUUGACUUACGACUUUGUCCAUGUGAUCCAACAAGGAAAAACGAAUAACAGUGAGAAAUUUGAAAGGUUUAGGGAGUGCUGUGAGCAGGCCUACAAGAUCCUAUGUCGAAACUGGUCCCUGUUUGUUAACCUCUUCGCUAUGAUGAAGGCAGCAGGACUGCCAGAGCUCUCCUCCUUCAAAGACAUCCAGUAUCUAAAGGACUCUUUAGCGUUGGGCAAAUCAGAGGAGGAGGCGUUGAAGAAUUUCAAAGUGAAGUUCAACGAAGCUCUGCGUGAGAGCUGGAAGACCAAGGUGAACUGGAUGAUGCACUCCUUAGCCAAAGAUAACAGACCGUGAAGAACAAUGAAUAAAGGGAACCUGAGGAGCAACAACAAAUUAUUGAUUUGAACCAAGGAAGUAAACAGGAUCAAAUAUGAUCCUUUAUUAAUGGCAUUCAAGGACGCUCUGCAAAUGUUUACCUCUGGCUGGCCUGACCGUGGAAAAUCCCCUCUAAAUAGGAGCAUCCAAAAACAACUUUUAAUCCUGAAGAAUAAUUUCAGUCCAUAUAUUUUCUUCAAGAAGGACAUUAAACACACUCAUCUUCUCCAUUUAAACAAUGGAAUGCCUUUUCUUGAAGGCUGCAGAGGAAACAAUGAAAAACUGCUUUUUUCAUCUCCUAAAAUCGCUACUUGAAAACGUGUGCAAAGUGUCACGAGUCAAUGGAACAAGAACAGAGACUGAAAAUUCAGCUCACCGACUGCAACACUCAACAGGGUGCGAACUUCAAACAAACUUUAUGAUGACUAGAGAUGACACUGUUUAGUCACAGAGUACAAUAACAAGGCAGCAGCAGUUUCAUUUCAAACCCUUUGCUCAGUUUACAACCCUCCAUUGCUGUGUUGUUUCCUGUCAUUUUAACUGCCUCAUAGCAAUGGUGUUUUUUCUCAUUUUCCUUUUUUUGUGUGUGUAUUUUAUUUAAUCUGGGAACUCAGAAGUAUUUGUAAAAAGUCAUGAAGAAUAUUUUUAAAAUAUGAUGUGUUGAACUAUGUAUAAUGUUGCCUUGAAGUGAAGUAAUUCAUUAGCAUAGUAUUAUUUAUAAUAUAUUGAAAGAUGUGAGGCUUGGAAUUGAAUGAGCCGUUAGAUACCACUCUUGUCUGUGUUUUUAUACAUACAUACUAUUUACUUGAUGACAACUAACAAGUAGAAAAUAAAAUGAAGUGAUCUCAGGUGAAAUUAUCAGAUUAAAUGUUGAAUAAAAUAGCAGGUAGAACUAAAAUAAUAAUCUGUAGAGCUGUAGACUUGUUGAUGCAUAUCACAAAAAGUUGGUACACAUCUCUUUUGAAAGUUUGAAUCUGAACUACUAUCAAAGACGAUGCAGUAAGUUUGUGUGUCUUUCUGAAUUAUUUUUUGUUAUGUUAAAUUUCAAUUGCAUUGUUGAACUGAUGUUCUUAGUGCCAUGAAAAAGUCAUGUCAUGCUUGUGUCAAACACCUCUAUACUUUGUCAUAUCCAAUGCUGUGCAAAAUAGUGUGUCAGUGUGGGGCCGCUGGUGGCCGAGUGGUUAAUUUGUAUGUACCGAGUACGAAGCGGGCGACCAAGGUUAGAAUCCCACUUGUGGCUUCUUUCCCGCAUGUCAUUCCCCAUUCUCUCUUUCUCCCCCAAUUUCCAACUGUAUCCACUGUCUUGUCUCUCAAAUAAAGGCACAAAAAAAUGAAAGAAAAAAAAGUA